UAUGAAGUAGCCAUCAAUAUGUGUAUGUUCAUAAUAUUUGCCAACGUAAAAACAUGCCUGUACUUUGCCGUAGUGGUAGUGAGCUACAAAACAACAUUUUGGACAUAACAUUGUUUGGGGAUCGCUACAUAUUUUUGCUUUAGACAUGAUGUAAAUAUAUGUAUUUUUACUGUGAUCAAGAUGCAUCGAAAUUGGCGAAAAUUGUAUUCGACUUCGAUCCUACUAUCACGUUCGUCGAGCAGCCAGAUCAAUCGGAUAUUCUGGGACACAAUGUAGCGGCUCACUUAAAGGGUUAUUACAAGAUCGCUCGACAUUACAAGUUUGCGCUUAACCACGUCUUCAGAACGCUACAGCACAAGGCUGUCAUAAUUCUAGAAGAUGACUUGGACAUUUCACCCGACUUCUACGAAUAUUUCCGCGGCACUUAUCCACUAUUGUACCAAGAUCCCACAAUCUGGUGCGUGUCAGCAUGGAACGAUAAUUGCAAGAAGGACCUGGUGGAUAUUAAAGAAACGGAGCUGCUACAUCGAACGGACUUCUUUCCAGGCUUGGGCUGGAUGGUGUUAUCUAAAACAUGGGAAGAGCUAGAACCGAAUUGGCCGGAAACUUACUUUGACGACUGGCUACGUGAUCCAGCAAUCUCCCGUGGUCGCGUUUGCAUCAGACCAGAAAUAUCCAGGACCUUUAAUUUCGGAAGGGUCGGAGUUAGCAAUCCGUACCUCUUUGACCGACAUCUUCGUCAUAUGAUUGUGAACAAAUAUUUCAUACCUUUCACUAAGUACAACCUUUCUUACUUGCUGAAGAAAAAUGAGCAUAUGUUUUUUUCCUUCGUGUAUUCGCUACCGGAAGCCACAGAUGAAGAAGUAAUGGCAGGUACCCUUAACAGCAGUUUAAAAUUUUUCCAGGUACCUUAUACGAAUGUUUACGAUUUUAGGAAAUCAGCGGCGAUGUUUGGUUUGAUGAAAGAUCUGAGACACGGUGUACCACGUACGGGGCUACGCGGGGUUGUGCAAUGCUUUAUAAAAGGCCGUCGCGUGUUCCUCGUUCCUAAAAGAAAAAUUGUCCAGAGUAGUGUUGUGCCGGUAGUAAAUUACCAGGAAUUAUAUUAAUCUAAUAAUUCAAAUUAUGUAAAUUUUAAUGACGAAUAUAACAUUAUGAGAAUAAAUAUCGAAAUCAUUCCCAUUUGGGAAAUUUACCAGUAAAUUCCCAUUUUUCCCAGUAUCAUUACCAAAAACCGGUAAAUAUCAGAGGCUUCUCACAAAAUUUCUCGAGGAUCGGUUAAGAAAUGCGAUUUGUAGAGGAGAAUAUCCGGAUGUAUACGAUAGCAUUUUUGCCCAAGCUGAAACGAAGACCUUCGCUAACGCUCGGUCAAUAGUAAAACAAUUGUUACCCCUUAAUUUGAAAAUUUAUUUUUAUGUACAUGUUUCAUCUCCGAGUAUGGUAUGCCAAAAUUAAACAGAUUAAACAUUUAUUACUUACCUUAAUUAAAACAAUGCGGUUGUUUUCGUAAUUGUAUUCGUAGUUUGUAAUUAUUAGGUCAUGGCGCGAACAGGGAACGCAAACAGUGUCUCAUUAUCGUCAAAAUUAUAUGAAACUGUGACGUUUAAAAUAACACUUUCACACUCUGUGCUACCCCACACGGAGUAGCGUUAGCUUAGGUCAAAGAUAAUAUUGGCUUAGGUGGACUCUAGGUAAGUCGGUUAUUUUAAUUAGGUAUUUAGGACUGGCCUACACAUAGGAGCGUUUCUCGGACGUGUUAAUUGGAAAUGGCCGUAUGACCCGUUACGUUUCCGAAAACACAUCUGCGCGUCAAACAAAUGCACAUGUGUGUCACCCGACCACGCGAACGUUAGCUCCCUAUAAAACAUGAUCGCAUAUUCCGAGAGCAUUAAUCCUGGAUUAGUGUUCACACUCAGCAGACUUCGUCCGUACUCUGUGGUAGACUUGCAACGAAACAGCAAUUACUGUAGCUAUCCAAAACAGUUGCGCAUCACAAGUUUGUUACACUAAAAAUGGCCUACAAAUUAUUUGGGUUGCUGAUAAUCACGAUAAUUUUCGUGUUGGUUCAGUCGAAGCCUCUUGAACAGUAUGCGGUGGAGCCAGUUGCAGAGGUGAUGGAGACAGCAGAAGCACAGAAUCCAUUCCUGCCGCGGUUUGCGAUGAAGAGGUUGAAAGAGAAACGCGAGCAGGCGAAGGCGCAGCGUAGAAACGCCCAAAACACGCAAGCUCGUAUUGAUAACCGACGGAGGGCGCCGUGUCCCCAAAUUGGAUAUGGAUAUGGC